AUGUGGUGCACAAGUACACAGCGCCUGGCGCUCCUCGCGAGCCUCCUGUGGUUCGUGUCAGGUGUGCAGGCGGCCCUCUCCUUCAACCUCAACAGCGUCGAUUAUCCUGUGUAUGCUGACGAGAAGAUGUCGACGAAGGAGUACGCCGUACUUCCGGGAGGCGGCAACGCAUGCUUGCUGUUGUCCCUGGACAAUGGACUGGGCGGUGUCGUGCGCUUUGCCUACUCGUCAAACGUGUCGAACCCGCACUGGCGCUCCGAUGUGCUUGUGUCGACCCACCAGCCGAGUGUUUCGCAUCCAUCUGUAGCAGUUCUGGACAAGGUCGACGCUGUCAUCCAAACACAGCGCUACAGCGCGGAGGAGUUGGAGCGACGGAACAGGGCGGGUGAGGCGGUGCAGCAGUCUCGGAGCACCGCGGUGAGCAUUCGGCCGGCGCAGGACGGCACCGGCCCUGCGGCAAAGUUCAUCGAUGGCAACUAUGCCGUCUGCUUCCGCCUCAUUCGCUCCAAGGCGACAGCACAAAAGCCGUCGUCGAUGCAGUACGAAGAGGUGAAGGUUCACCUUUUCGAGGUAGCUUCCACGCGCCACUCCACCUUCACGUACAUCGCGAGGCUUAAUGACGCCGCCGCGAACCCGCAGAAUGGCGAUGGGGCAGCGGGGGGCGCCACGGCAGAGGUGAACCGCGAGUAUGCAAAGAUGAUUCGGUCCCUCUUCCGCGCGAGCAGCACCGCCGAUCUGCGCAAACUUCUUGACGAGGAAGAGCUAGUGUCAUCAGAGGAAGUGAAGAGUCGGCUUGAGGAAAUCAGGGCCCUGCAAGAACAACUUUUCGGACUCUAUAACAACUUCGAGUACCUGGAGAGUCGCUUCCGGCGCAUGCGUGCCACCGCCGAGACAACCUUCAGCCGCAUUUGGGUUUGUAUGCUCUUCACCUUGGCGGUCAUGGGUAGCACGGUGUGGUUCACCUUCCAUUACACGAAGAGCAUCAUCAUAAAGAAGAAGUUGAUCUAG